AAUUGUACAUUUAAUAUUUGUUUUAACACCACAAGUCCACAACGAGCCAGCAAAGCGAUUUUCUUUGUAAAAGAUAUUUAAUCUCUCUCUAAAAAAAAAAGAAGUUCGCAAAAUUGGCUUUCUCUCUCUAAAUAUUACAAUCGACUAUUCAUUUGAGAUUCGAAGAUUUUGAUUAGUAAUUUCGAAUAUUAGGGUUUCGAUUUUGUAAAAUCUCCAUUAUACUAUGGCUAACUCUAGAAGCGGUGACGAUCGGAGAAACGGCGACGAUGUUGAAGAUUCUUCGUCGUUUUCAAGCGGCGUUGAGACAUCUACCGUGAGAUCUGGUAACGUAGGGUUAACGGAGAGAUUAACGGACAUUCUUAUUGAAGAUGGAGACGGAGAUUUGUUGCUUCAAAGAAGCGAUCGUGAAGAUAGGGUUUUGCUUUGGCUACAAGCAUUGGAUAUGCAAGUUAUGGGAGCUUGUAGAGCUGAUGAGAGGUUAAAACCUUUGUUGAAGAUGAAUGCUUCUAGUGGAUUCGCUGAAGAUCGCCUUUUAGCACAUCUGAGUCAGCAUUUUGAGCCAUCAGAAGUUGGAAUGUUAGCGAGGUGUUUUUGUAUACCCCUUGUCUCGAUUCGUGUUGGAAAGAUUAACAAGCAAGGGACUUUGUUAUGUCCUACUGCAACAAGGGGGAAUUUAAAUCUUACGUUGUUACCAACAUCUGAUCUGCGCCUGUUAUUCAUUGGAGAUGAUGGUAGUACAGAGAGACUAUUUACCCUAAGCAGCAAAGCACAGGGUCCUACAGUUAAAGUUGAUGAGAUCUCAGGGGACAGCUCUGGCCGAUCUUUCUGUAUAAAUGUAGCAGAUGGCAGAAACUUUUACUUUUGGUGCUCAGAGAAAUCCAAACUUUUGGGAAUUGAAUUGCUUGCCAAGAUGAAGGAUGUACUCAAGAGGAGACCAUCUAUAGCUGAUUUAACUGGCAUUAGCAAGUCACGUCUUGAUUGCUUUGCAACUCACCUCCGAGCCUAUCUUCUGGGAAGCGGCACCCGAGAAAGUGCUGUAUUCUUCCAUGCCUCUUCUUCUGACACUACUCUUGACCUCUCUAAUACAUCUUCCAUUUCAUCCAAGUCUUUGCGGUCACGAUAUAUUAGCAGCCAGGGAGUAAAAGCAAAUUCAUCAUAUCAGGGAAGCCUCAGUCCGAGAUCAAGUUCCUUUAAAGAGGGCCCGCCUAGAAGCUUGUCUUCUUUAAGAAAUGCUGCGAGGGAAAAGUUAAAGCGUCGCGGUGAUGGGCAUCUCUCAGCAGUUGACAACCUGAUGACAGCAUUGCCAUGUGAGAAUGAUGCAUCAAGCUCUAAUCAAACUGAAAACAUAAAGCUGCCUGAGAUUAAGAGUUACCCUGUGGCACCAUCUAGUUUUCUUGAAUCACUGGGGAAAUUGGCUAUUCCACCAAUUCUAAGUUCAGCAUCCCAUGAAACUUCUUCAAGCCCACCUCUCGUCUCUCCUUACUAUUGUUGGUGCCCACAAGGUGUUUCAACCAUGCAGUUUUCGUCAAACUCUUCACAUCUCGGUAAUUCUUCAAUGGAAUCCCCUUUGCUUCCACCACUUUCUUCAUUAUUAUCAGCAACUAUGCCCUCUAGCCUGUUAACUCCUACUCCACCUCUCAAUCUAGCUGAUAUUCCCAAAUUGGAUUUUCCAGCCUUUCUGCCGGACCCAUUGGUUCGAUUACCAAUUCCUACUGCUCAGCAAGUCCCAACCUUCACCCCUUUGAUGUGUGAUCCAAUUGUUCAUAUUCCAGUAAUUGAUGUUUGCUCUUCAGGUCAAGGUUACCUGGUGAGUGCUGGGCCUGCUAUUUCAGGCACUAUUCCGCCAUUGCACCCUAAAUUUGUGAACCCAUUGAUUACCGAGACCGACACUAUGUUGGAAAAAGGUGCAAGAGAGACUCUCCGACUGCUGAUUAGUAGUUCAACCCAGGGUAACCCACAGUUACUGAAUGUAUUGCCUGCUGUAUUGACCAAUACUCAGGACAAACAGGGAAUGCAUGCUGUUGGAAGCCGGGGGCUGUACUCUGGAUCCAGCGAUGUGAAUGCUAUUGUGAACAGUAUGGCCACAAUUGGCUUGGUUUCUUUGUCUCAGAGCUCUAUUGGAGAUAUCAACGCUAAGGUACUCUGCGGCGGCAACAGUUUGGAUGGUCUGCACCUGGACGCUUCACAAGAUGGGCCAAGUGGAUCAUUUGACGACGAUGAGAAGAAUAUUCCCUUUCGGAAUUCAAAAGAAAGGACUGAUUGAUAAUAGUAAUCAUUUUGGAUUUUGUUCGUUAGGGUCUAUAAUAGAUUUUUUGAAAAUGUAGAUAUCUCUAGCAGCAGCCCCCCUGGCUUCUCCCAAAUGUAAUUAGUGCAAAUCCUGCCAUAUAUUUGGCAUUUGUUAAUACUUAUUCCUUUAAUUUUUGAAGCUCUUAAUAGAAUGAGACUCUGUAAUAUGUUUUCCUUUUUAAUUAUUGUCUAUAGAUAUUCUGUUUUUAUUUCUUA